AAUCAAAUUGAACAGGUCUGGUCGGCUAUAAUUAACCAUUAAAAAAUCUGAAACUAAAUAACCCAACUAAUAUGCCAACAAUAAAUAGCGCCCUUCCAAAUCCCCUUUCCUCACUCCCAUUAUCUUCUCUCUCCUUACUCACUACAACCAAUCAAUGUCUCCCAUUAAUUAAAAUAAAAUAAGGAAAAAAAAGUCCCAUUAAUUAAAAUAAAAUAAAAUAUUAAAUGGCGAAGGACGUUGAGUACGCGGUGCCGGCGGCGGCAGAUUUUUCGGCGAAGGACUAUCACGAUCCGCCGCCGGCGCCGCUUUUCGACUUUGACGAGCUGACGAAGUGGUCGUUCUACAGGGCUCUAAUUGCCGAAUUCAUUGCCACGCUCCUCUUCCUCUACGUCACCGUCCUCACCGUCAUCGGCUACGGCCACCAGACCGACGCCGCUCGCGGCGGCGACGAGUGCGGCGGCGUCGGAAUCCUCGGCAUCGCCUGGGCCUUCGGCGGCAUGAUUUUCAUACUUGUUUACUGCACUGCCGGCAUCUCCGGAGGGCACAUAAACCCGGCGGUGACGUUUGGGCUGUUUUUGGGCCGUAAAGUGUCGUUGAUAAGGGCCGUGCUGUACAUGGUGGCCCAGUGCCUGGGGGCAAUAUGUGGUGUGGGCUUCGUGAAGGCCUUCCAGAAGACGUAUUACAAUACAUACGGUGGUGGGGUCAACGUGGUAGCACAUGGGUACAACAAAGGCGUGGGGUUGGGUGCUGAGAUUAUUGGUACAUUUGUUUUGGUGUACACUGUUUUCUCUGCAACUGACCCCAAGAGAAGUGCAAGAGACUCCCAUGUCCCUGUGUUGGCCCCACUUCCGAUUGGGUUCGCGGUUUUCAUGGUCGUCCUGGCGACCAUCCCCAUAACCGGCACCGGCAUAAACCCUGCUCGGAGUUUCGGCGCCGCCGUGAUCUACAACAAGGACAAGGCCUGGGACGACCACUGGAUCUUCUGGGUCGGCCCUUUUGUCGGAGCAGCAAUCGCCGCCUUCUACCACCAAUACAUUCUCCGAGCAGCCGCCAUUAAAGCCCUCGGAUCUUUCCGAAGCAACGCCUGAAAAUUAAACAAUUGAUUUUCGGCCGUUAAAUCAAUAAUAACUGUACAUAUUUGAUUUCUGCUCUGUUGUUUCGUCUUUUAUUUUCGUGCCUUUAUUUGAUAGGUUUUUCUUUUUCUUUUUUCGAAAUAAAUAUUGUUGUGUCUUUCUUUUUUCCUCAAGUGUGAAUGUGUGAUAUGUCAUGUGUAAAUUUGUCUGAAUGUGUAAUGUGUCAUGUGUAAAUUUGUCUUUGUAAUGGAAUGAUGUCUUUCAUUUGUCUGGGAACUGAGGCUUGAUUGGAUUUAUUAUCAUAUAUUUGGAGACAAUGAUUAGUAUUUAUUAAUACAAUAAUGCUCCUUAUCCCGUCUAUUUUCCACCGCAAUAAUCACUCUCCACUCUCUGACGUGUCAGUCUAAUUAUUGUUUUUUAUUAACGUUUUGCUAAAUCUCUCUCUCAUCUUCUUUUCUUCUUCUAUUCACCUUCUUCCCCAAUUUUUUGUCUGGCUGCACUCAUAUUUAUCCCCAUAUUUUCUUGACCUAGGGACAUAUCUUCUCUUAUUUUUGUCCUUAUUUCGAGAACCAACUCUCGACGAAAUCCAGAUUCGUAAUGAACAGCCGCCUGUAAGCAACCAGGUUUGCAAUGAACGGCCUCUUCGUUUGGGCUUCUGUUUCGGCCGGGCUCUGCCUGCCCGUAGGCUGUGUACGGGCCUCUUCGUCACGUGCAGGUACACAAGCCUCGAUCCUGUCUGAGUCCACGGCGUCGAGAUGGUCGAUUGCGGGCGAGAUCCGAACUCUGACCCGGGUUGGCCCCACGGCUGAUGUCACUGAUUGGACGAGAACCGCCGAACUCCGUGUAUCUCAAGUUUCUACCGCUCUAGAAGUGGUGGUUCGAGCAUCGUGUGGCGACCUUGAGGGCCUCCUUGUGUUCGUUUUUUUUUUUUUU